AAGAAGUGAAUGAUAAGAGUGAAUGGCAACGCGGAAUGCAUGAGCUCCAACAGGAGGCGGAUUGUUACUGGAGGAUUACUUUCUACCUACACAUCCCAUCAUUUAUCUCCCUCGUGGAGAGGAUGUGUCGCACUAAAGUUGAUCUGGACUUUAAAAGCGCGCGGUUGGAAGUUUUCCAGCAUGACACAGCACAGAGAGAAAGCGUUACGAGACAGAAUGUCAGAGAUUCAGCGUUUCACACCCCGGAUUAUUUACUUCCCAUUCCGGUUUGAUCGUAAAAGUGGGGACGCAGCAGGUGAUCGCUGAGAUUUUGGACCUCGAUCAAAGGCGGAUUAAUGUGAAAUGGUACCGAUUUGUCACAGGAGCUGGAAGGAUAUAACCUGAAGGAAAAACUAAUCUGAGUCCACCAUGAGAGCGCUGGUUCUGCUGUGCGUAAUAGCCGGGCUGUUGGGGUCUAGCCUGAGCAACAGGAACUGUCCGGACCUGAUCGUGGACAGCUGUCACUGCUCCGCGGAGAGGUCCAAGCAGCUGAGCCGGCAGCACGUCCGAGUCAGAGUGGUGUGUGAUGAUGUGGAACUGAUGGACACCCUGCAGCCCAGUUUCCUGCCCAACAGAACCGUGUCCCUAAACCUGAGCAACAACAAGAUCUCCCUGCUGAGGAACGGCUCCUUCUAUGGCUUGGCUGUUCUUGAAAAACUGGACCUGAAGAAUAAUUUGAUAAGUACGGUGGAGCCCGGGGCCUUUCGAGGUCUGCAUGCUCUGAGGAGACUGGAUCUGUCCAACAACAGGAUCGGCUGUGUCUUGCCUGAAAUGUUUCUCGACUUGGGCAGCGUUUCAAAAUUGAAUCUAUCAGGGAACAUCUUCUCCACACUGACUGUGGGAAUCUUCACACACCUUGUGGCUCUCAAAGUGCUGCACUUCAGCACAGAGACUUUGUUCUGUGACUGUCAGCUGAAGUGGCUGCUUCUCUGGGCUCGAGGCAACUCGCUGAGGAUCGGCAACGACACGGUGUGUGUGUUCCCCACUCACCUCCACGGACUGGAGUUUCACAACCUUCGUGAACACCAGCUCAGAUGUGAUGGACCUCUGGAGAUGCCCCUCUUCCAGCUUAUCCCUUCCCAGAGACAGGUGGUUUUCCGUGGAGAUCGACUUCCCCUGCAGUGCACGGCAUCCUACCUGGACCCUUCGGUGGAGCUGCGAUGGCGUCACAACCGCCGCAUGGUGACCACACAUGAGGACCGGGGCGUCUACGUGGAGGACACACUGAUUCACGAUUGCUGCCUGAUCACAAGUGAGGUCAUCCUCUCCAACAUCGAGCUGGGCCUCGGUGGCAUCUGGGAGUGCCUGGUUACCAGUUCCCGUGGCAACACCUCUCUGCAAAUGGAGAUAGUUGUUCUGGAGACGUCAGCACCGUACUGCCCCACAGACAGAGUCACCAACAACAAGGGGGAUUUCAGGUGGCCAAAGACUUUAGCUGGCAUCCUUACCUUCUUGCCCUGCGCUCCUGCCACCUUUGGCUCGGCCCCCCACCCCUCUGGCAGCAUAGCUCACCCCUCCAGUCAGAAGGGGAAGAAGGCGUGGCGGAGCUGCGACCGGAAUGGACGCUGGGGUGAAGAGGACUACACCCAGUGCCCGUAUGCCAGCGAACUGACCCGCGUGCUGCAUGAACUCACACAGAUAACUGUCAAUACCACCAACGCUCAGCCCUUAGGCCAGCAGUUAGUGGCCUUCACCAGCAGAGCGGCUCACUUCACUGAUGUCAUGGACGUCAUCUUUGUCACACACCUUGUCGAGAGGCUGACGAGGCUGGUGGGGAAACGUAAAGAUCUGGGGGACUAUAUAUCAGACAUUGCCAGCAACAUGAUGCUGGUGGAGGAGCAUGUCCUGUGGAUGGCCCAGAAUGAGGCCAGGGCGUGCACUCGCAUCGUCCAGUGCGUGGAGCGGAUCGCCGACCUGUCACUGACCGGAGACAAUCAGGUCAUUUCAAAGGUGUCAGCUAACAUAGCUCUGGAGGCCUUUCUGAUCCGGCCGUCCAACUUCCUCGGUCUGUCCUGUAUGGCACUUCAGCGGCCCCCCUCAUCCGCCACCUCGCCCCUCCCUGACGGCCACUCAAACUUCGACAAGGAAAAGAUCAAAGACGGGGACGCCGAGGGGGAAUCGUUGCUCAACUUCAAAUGCCACACCGUCAACAACAGCGGUUCACCGGCCAGUCAGCUCAGCAAGAACUCAGUGGCAGUCGCCUCAAUCCAUUUACCGCUGGCUGGUACGCCUAUCUCCUCCUCUGCGUUGCAAUCUGUUGAUAACUCCACUUGCAAGCUGCAGUUUAUUGUGUUUCGCAAUGGGAAACUCUUCCCUUGCACGGGCAAUUCGUCCAAUCUCGCAGACGAUGGGAAGCGUAGGAGCGUUUCGACACCAGUUGCUUUCACCAAAUUAGAUGGGUGCAGCCUGGGGAGCGCCGUGCACACCGUUACUAUUGCUCUCAGGCACUUCGCACUGGGUGUAGACCCCACCGCAGCCUAUUGGGAUUUUGACCUGCUGGAUGGACACGGUGGCUGGAGGGCAGAGGGCUGCCACAUAACAGGCUCCGGGGGCAACACGACCACCAUUCAUUGCACCCAUCAUAAUAACUUUGCUGUGCUAAUGGAUCUGAAGAAGGUGCUGUCUUUCCCCCCGUACCCUGGGGAGUUUCUGCACCCGGUCGUGUAUGCCUGCACGGCGGUCAUGUUGCUCUGCCUUUUCGCCUCCAUCAUCACCUACAUAGUGCACCACAGCGCAAUCCGCAUCAGUCGGAAGGGAUGGCACAUGCUUCUCAACUUCUGUUUCCACACGGCGCUGACCUUUGCUGUGUUUGCCGGCGGCAUCAAUCGAAUCAAAUACCCCAUCAUCUGUCAAGCAGUCGGGGUCGUGCUGCACUACUCGUCUCUGUCGACCAUGCUGUGGCUCGGGGUGACGGCGAGGAACAUUUACAAGCAGGUGACCAAGAAACCUCAGCAGAGCCAGGAUGGUGACCCACCUCCGCCCCCUAAACAACCCCUGUUGAGAUUUUAUUUAGUCAGCGGUGGAGUGCCCCUCAUCAUCUGCGGGGUCACGGCAGCCGUCAAUAUAGACAACUAUGGCAGCGGGGAGCAGGCGCCGUACUGCUGGAUGGCGUGGGAGCCCAGCCUGGGAGCCUUCUUUGGCCCCGUGACCUUCAUCAUCCUGGUGACAUGCAUCUACUUCCUGUGCACCUUCAUCCAGCUGCGGCGACAUCCCGAGAAGAAGUACGAGCUGAAACAGCUGACGGAAGAGCAGCAGAGGCUGGCCGCUGUCGACGUGCCCACCCACUGCCACCAAGGAGCCGAGCCUGGGGCCCUGGUAGCCCCGUCGGGUGGGGGCCACUGCCCCGCUGGCUGUCCGGGCGUUCCCAUUAACCCCGCGCUGCUGGCCAAUGAGCACUCGUUCAAGGCUCAGCUACGAACGGCGGCCUUUACCCUGUUCCUGUUCCUGGCCACCUGGACGUUCGGGGCACUGGCCGUGUCGCAGGGCCACUUCCUGGACAUGAUCUUCAGCUGCCUCUACGGUGCCUUCUCCGUCACCCUCGGCCUCUUCAUCCUCAUCCAUCACUGUGCCAAGCGUGACGAUGUUUGGCAUUGCUGGUGUUCGUGUUGUCCCGGACGAAAUGCCGAUGGCCAAGUUGCCCCUCAGGCACGACCUAAAGUCAACGUGAAUGGAGACACCCCCGGGCAUGGCCACGGUCACAGCCACUGCCACCAUGACUCGCCGUGUCACGGUAAAGCAGUGAUAACCUGCAGUCAUGGCGGUUUAGCUCACUGUAAACACGCCUCCCUCCCGUCCUUGCAGAACCACGUGACAUGUCUGGCGCCGGUGACUCCGUGCUGCGCUGCACUGCACAGCCAGCAGUUGAUGGAGGAGGAGCCCGCGGCGACGCACGUGCUUCUACACGCCGACCCGGAGGGGUACCGGCCGGGGAUCCAGCUGCACCCCUGCCUAAAGAGCAGUACCAGGACUAAAAGCCGUCACUUUGGCCGCCGCACCGGGGCCAGUGCUUGUGGGGCAGCGGGGGAAAAGGAGUACGCCUAUCACAUCCCCUCCAGCGUGGACGGAGGCAGCGUGCACAGCUCACACACUGACAGCCCCCACAGCACACACGAGCGCCACGCCCACAUCUGUCCACACCUUGCCCACGAAGGCCACCACGAUGGGCAUCAGACGUGCCACUGUGCUGCCACCACCGCGCACGAGGCCCUGGUGUGCCAUAAUCCCUGCCACAGGCAUAUCUGCUGCGCAAAGGCAGAACUUUUCCCCUCCCUGUGCCCAGCAGAGGCGGGCGACACAGGCAUCUUCCUGUGCGGCUGCGGCAAAGUGGCCGAGCCGGACCCGAUGGCGACACAUCACCAUCUGGAGAUGCACGCCCCACGCAGACAAUCGUUCCCUCAGAACCCACCUAAUCAGAAUGGGAUUCUAAAGGGGGGCCUGCAAGAAGGACUCCUGUACAGCUCGGACAGCACGGGGAAUAUACGCACGGGGCCCUGGAAGAAUGAAACUACUGUGUAGUGUGGGAGAUGGGCGACUCCAUGCCCAGUCCCGCCAAAAUAAACCCUUUCUAGAAUAAAAAAAAAAGGAAUUUAACAUUUUAAACAUCACAAUCAGCGUGGGAUAUUUUUAUUUUAAUGUCCUCAUGUUUCUAUGUGCUGUUUUACUGUACAGAAAUCAUGUAAAUGCUCAUUGACGGGCGUCCAUACACAGAACAGAUUCUCCUCCAUAACACCAUCAGAUGUAAUUGAAGGUUGUUCAAUAUCACUGCAGAUCUCUCUAUCUCUAUAAAUAUAUAUAUAGAUAUAUACAAGAAAAUGAAUGGUUGUAUGAAUAUGUGUGUUAGUGCUCAAUGGCAACACGCUGCAAGAUUUUCUUCUACACUUCCAAUCUGAGUCCAUCGAAUACUUUACGAUGACAGUCCUCCAGUACUUUAAAGAACUCUCUGCAUCCAUGUUUUAGACGACAACUAAACCAGCAAUUUUAGAGUUCAUUGGUAUUUUUGACAUCCAGUCAAGCUACUGUGAACAUGUAGAGAUUUUCUAAAUAACAUACAAAGAUACUGUUGCUUGUAAGGGACGUGUGGAUGCUAGUUUAAGUUGUAAAACAACAGAAAAACUGAAGUGAAGAAUCAUUUUUAAGGCCUGUAUUGAUGUCAGUAUGAUGUCUUCACUGUUGUGUUUCUUUUUUCUCUAGAGAAGUAAAUAAUGGCGGUAUCAAAAGGAACAGCGUGGGCCAUCGUGAAUAGAGAGUUCGUUUCAUUGGAUCCAGUGCCAUUUUUUCUUAACACUGUGCCACAUAAAGAAAGGUCAUUACAGACGGUUCAUUGCCAAACUAGUGUGCAGGUUUUUUGUAUCCUCUUUAGCUCAGUUGACAUAUGCAAUCUGACAUUAUAAAUUCAAAAAUAUGGUUCAUUUUUAACAAAAAACUGUGUGAAUAUGAUCAUAGAAGAACCAACAAGCUGCUUUGGGAAACUCCACUGCGACCAAUGUCUAUUAUUUUAUAAAUAUCAUGGAAACAUUUAUGCCAAUCUCACCCACUAUUAGCGAAAGCCACAGAAUAACACAUGGAAAAAUCAGAGCAAAUUUAGUCCAUUUAUAUUUUAUUUAUUUGUCAUUUCUCUCCUAAAAAUCACACAGCAUGCAUGGCUUGUUUUACGGGCCAAGUCUUGGAUUUUAAUAGUGCAAAUGAAUGCACAUCCAUGAAAUUAUUAUUUUCCUUGCAGCUUGCCAAAUAUUAUUUUUGACAUAUUUGGGAUUAAGCCUAGUCCCCCAAAAAACACUGUAAUAUUUGUACACUAGAGAUCUCUAUUGAACAAAAUAUGGCUGGGUUGCACCUACAGGAACACACUAUCGAAUUACUUAUGGUCGGUUUUAAAUGUGUAAAUCCAGAUUUUAAAGUGGGCAAAUCUGUGCUGCUUAAUUAAGAUCUAAUUUCCUUUGAGUAAUUCUAAUUUUAUUGAUCAAAUCUAGAAAAACUAACCGUAGUAAUUGCGUAGAUGCUAACCUACCCACAUUUAGAUAAAUACAUUAAUGUGCGUGCUGUCAGGACCUAGAAAUUAGGCUAUAAAAGGUAUGUGUGUUAUGGGGGGUAAUGACUUUGUUUGCCAGCUAGCUAGCUAAACAUCUCAAAAGUAAAGCAGCAUUCACAUGAUACGCGAGUUGCUCUUUGCUCAAUUCAAGGUUAAGCACAGAUUUCUGCGGUAAAGACGGCUAGUUAAGAUGUGUUUCUAUUGUCACCUCCCUUGCUGGCACAGAUAUUAUAUCUAUUGGUUGCAGCCAGAGCUUCUACAGUGUGUAAAAAUGUUUUUGUCUGACUUCUCUGUGCGUCAGAAGUGUAUGUCAUACCCUAAAAAAGCUUGCUGACUCACCAGACGGCUGGUACGGUGACAAAAAAAACACAUUUACAAGACUUUAUUUAUUUUACCAGCUAGUUAGCUAGCUAAAAUGUUAGUCCGUUAGCCUUGUUUACGAGAUUAGCCGUCUUGCUAACCUCAUAAUUAACAAGUUACAAGCAAUUAUCUUGUAUCAUGUGAAUGCAGCUUUGGACUAUGGUUCAUGAUGACUCCGCGUAGAAGCUCUAAUUUCUCUUCCAACAUAUAACUCUAUUUGGGUUCCCAGACAAAAUGUACUAUUUUGUCGAAUAUGUCUCAAAAAGACAGUCAUUUCAAAAGGUAUACCUUCCAAGUUUAAAGCUAAUACUGGGGCACAUUGAUGUUGUUGAUAGAAUUCAAUUUCAUUUAGGUUCGAAUAGGCUAAGUCGAAGACAAUUUACCGUGUAUCAUCCGGUGUCAACACUGUCACUUGAAUAAAAGCACUAGCGGCCGAAAUAAAACUUUAAAAUAUAUCUUUCUAAAUUAUUUGCUUGUAAACUUUUUAUAAAUAAUAUUAUAUAAUUGUGUUUGAAAAUGAAUUCUUGUUGGUGCAACCCUGAAUAAGCAUAUGCUAUUGAGGCCAAGUUGAAGUAUGGAAUGUUUUUGUUUUUGUACCAUGAAGCUUACAUUCUCUUUGAAAAAGAGAGGCUCUUUAUUGAAUUUAAAGCACUUGUAUUCUUUUUGAAUGAUGAUGUUAAGUAUGAUGCUCCAGACAAAAGCCCACAUACAUAUUGUCAGGUAAACUAAAUCUAUAAAAAAAAAUGUCAUCCAAGCAGCGCAUAUAAUCUCACAGCAAACUCGUGAAAAACACUUGGCAUGCACACCAUCUCUUCAUCUCGUGCACUCUCGUCUGUGUAUAUUGAAUCAGUUUCUGAUUAAUUAUUUUAUAUGAGAUUUAAGAUAUUUAAGAAUAAAAUAAGUCUAUAUGUAAUAGAAGUUGUAUGGGGAAAAGAAGUUACCUCUCAAUGUUACUGCUCAGUAUCUGAGUUUGGAAAUGUCCUUUUUGUUUUCUAAUGCCUUUUUUUCAGUUUAUCUCAUAAAGUAUGCAGACUCGCCAUGUUGUUGUGAGUUUAUCCUGUCAUAUCAGAAAUAGAAAAAUGCACUACCCAUGAUAACAUUUGGCCGGCUAGAGUAGAAUUUGUCACUUGCGGUGUGUUUAUUAUAGAAACGUUUCCUCAGAGAGAAAUAUUUGAACUCGAGAAAAGUGACAAUUAGUAUUAAUGUGAUACUCCCUUUACUUGGAUGGCAGGAAUAUUGAAAGGAGGCCAUAGUAGACAUCGAAUACGAAGAAUGAACCUCAUAGCUUUGCACAGGACCACAAUUUAUUUCCAAGGUCUGUGGUAAAACAUAUGAAUCUCAGUAGUUAUAAAACCGUAUUUGAUCUCACAAAUAUGGGCUUCAUUGAGCCUCCAUACACUGGCAGUUACUGAAAAAGGGAUCUGUAACAGUAUCACAACACAACUUUUCAAAUCUCCUGCUAAACAAGGGAACAUUAGGCUAGGUUAAUUGCUGAGCUUGUGUAUUUGCUGGUGGUGUGUCUUUAGGAGCAGCCGAGCUUCUUACAGUCUGUAAGACGAUGUGUUUGGUGUCCGACUUCUCUGUGCGUCAGUAGCAGAUGUACUGCCCUAAGCCCAAGCUUGCUGACUCACCGGACGGCUGCUGGAAUAUUCACCUGUGGUACUGUGACAAAAAAAACAACCUAAAGCCAGUUUUCACUUUUUUCUACAUUGACACAGAUUCCAAUAAAUGUAUUUUUUCACCAUGCAA